AGCUCGGCGCGCAGGGCACGGCCGCGCCAUGGGUCCCGGCCACUUGGAGCGGAUUUUUGACAGAGUGGGGCACUUCGGCAGUAGCCCAUUGUUCAGAUGAGGAAACUGAGGCACAGAAAGGUUAAGGAUCUUGCCCAAGGUCACAGGUGAUUCCAGAUAUUUCUCUAUUUUAUAUGUGCCUUCCAGAAUAUCUCUUGUGGUAUCCACUACCUGUCUUCUGUGUUCAUGACAUUCACCCCCCGCUAUACCUGCAAGCCCCCAGGCAAUGUGAGUCAGGUUAUUUUCCACAAUCUCUCUAGUUGGAGGUUGGAGGACACCUGGGCCCUGUUGUCUCCAGGCCAGGAAGAUCACAUUACAGUGCGGCUGCAGGAUGGUGAGAUCUGGGAGCUUUCAAGGUGCAGCAGGAUCCGGAGGGAAAACAUAUCACAUUUGGACUAUGAAUACAGUGGCACUAAGAGUAACUUUCUUUGUGAGGAUGGCUACCUAUAUGACCAAAGCAAGUGGAAAAGCACUGUGGUGACCGAGUGGAAUCUGGUCUGUGACCGAAAAUGGUUCAGAAUUCUGAUCCAGCCCCUAUUUAUGUUUGGAGUCCUGUUGGGAGCAGUGAUAUUUGGCCACCUUGCAGACAGGCUAGGAAGACAAGUGAUCCUGUGGUCCACAAGCAGUGGCAUAUUUUUGUUUGGAGUAGCAGCGGCAUUUGCAGUUGAUUUUUACAGCUUCAUGGCUGCACGCUUUUUUCUUGCCAUGGCUGCAAGUGGCUAUCUCGUGGUGGGGUUUGUCUACGUGACGGAAUUCAUUGGCAUGAAGUCACGGACGUGGGCCUCCAUCCAUUUGCACUCCUUUUUUGCAAUUGGAGUAAUGGUGGUGGCUUUGACAGGCUACUUGGUCAGGACCUGGUGGCUUUAUCAAGUGAUCCUCUCCACAGUGACUGCUCCCUUCAUCCUGUGCUGUUGGAUGCUCCCAGAGACACCUUUCUGGCUUCUAUCAGAGGGAAGACAUAAAGAAGCACAAAGAGUCGUCGAUAUGAUUGCCAUGUGGAAUGGGACAAACUCCUGUAAACUGUCAGAAAUUUUAUCACUGAAUAUAGACGAUCCUGUUUAUAGUAGCCCCACUGCAGUUAAGAAGCACAACCUAUUUGAUCUCUUUCGUGACUGGACUGUUUCGGCAAGAACACUUAGUGUUUGGCUGGUUUGGUUCACAGGGAGUUUGGGGUUCUACACCUUCUCCUUGAAUUCUGUUAAUUUAGGAGGCAAUGAAUACCUAAAUCUCUUCCUCCUGGGUAUAGUGGAAAUUCCUGCUUACGUCUUUGUGUGCAUCGGGAUAAACAGUGUGGGGAGAAGAAAUAUGAUGGUCUUCUCCCUUUUCUUCAGUUCAGUGUCCUGUGGUGUGAUUAUGGUGAUCCCCCAGGAUAACCAUGUUUGGAUUGUGAUGGUUACUAUGGCUGCAAAGUUUGCCAUUGGGUCCGUGUUUGGCCUCAUUUAUCUUUAUACAGCAGAGCUGUAUCCAACUGUUGUAAGGUCUCUGGCGGUGGGAAGCGGCAGCAUGGUGUGCCGGGUGGCGAGCAUCCUGGCCCCGUUAUCCUUGUCCUUGGUCAGCUCCUGGAUCUUCAUACCACAGUUGCUUACUGGGAUUUUGGCCUUUGUGAGUGGAGUGCUAACGGUAAAUCUUCCAGAAACCCUCGGAAAACCGCUGAUAACUACUUGGGAGGAGGCUGCAAAACUGAAGUCAGAAAACAAUAGCAGUUCAAGCAAAUUACUUCCCACAACUAAUAAUAUUCGGUUGGAAAAAGUAGAAGUGAUUAACCCCGGGGACUCUAGUCUUGAGGAAUAAACGUGCCAUAUGUGCUGUCUAGCACCUGAGAUAUUGUUUAUGUGGAUGCUUUUGUAUUAGAGGAAUAUUAUUCUCAUCUCCCACAUGUUGUUUAUGUGUCUUUAUAAAAAAUUUUGUAAGAGAGUUUUAAAACAAUUGUUUUGCAAAAGUAACAGAAAUAAAAACCAAGAUGAGAAUUCUUA